CUUGGCAUCUGGGUGUAGAGGGAGACAGGGGGUGUUGCUGCAUUGUUUCAACUGUGGGUUGGCAGUGGCCUUUACGAGUGUGUGAACCAAGUGUGUGGUAGUCACCAUUACACUCCAGUGUGUACACAUUGAGUCUUAAACAUCACUUGGGAACCAUGAACAGCGAGGCAAAUGCUCGGCGCAUUGCGAUGGUUGAGUCCUGCUUUGGGACUUCAGGACAAUCGCUUAAUGAGCCAGGACGUGUCUUGGUCGGAGAGGGCGUGCUUACGAAGAUGUGUCGAAAGAAACCUAAACCGCGACAGUUUUUCCUUUUUAACGACAUAUUGGUAUAUGGCAAUAUUGUGCUCAAUAAAAAGAAGUACAACAAGCAACACAUAAUUCCCUUGGAAGAGGUUCAGCUUUCUUCACUGGAAGAUGAUGGUCAAUUUCGAAAUGGAUGGUUGAUAAAGACUCCAACCAAAUCAUUUGCGGUUUACGCUGCCACAGCUACAGAGAAAGCCGAAUGGAUGGCACACAUAAAUAAAUGCGUCACUGACCUUCUACGCAAAAGUGGCAAAAAGGCAGCGGAGAAACAUGCAGCUGUAUGGGUGCCUGACAGUGAAACACAGGUGUGCAUGCACUGCAAGAAGACCCAGUUCACACUAAUAAACAGGAGGCACCACUGCCGUAAGUGUGGGAAAGUGGUGUGUGGUCCAUGCUCCAGUAAGAAAGUGAUACUAACUCACCAGUCAAACAAACCCCUCCGUGUGUGCCUUACCUGCCAUGAUGAAAUGUCUUCGGCGCAAUCACAGACUGGCAACUCGACACCUGUUAAUUCAAUGGCAGGUAGGAUGGAUGACAUUCUCUCAGAGCCACUUGAUGAUGAGAAGGACAAAGAGUCUGGUGGUGGUGGUGAUGAUGAUGAUGAUGAUGUGACCAUUGCCUUGAUGGACGAUCCAUAUGAAAACUUAGGCCCCUUGCCUCCACCACGACGCCCGAGUCGUGGUCGUACCUCGGAGGAGGCGGCUCUGGUGGAAAAGAGCAUUGAGGGAGACCUCGUUGAUUUGAACUGUGAUCUGUUUGGGGAACCUUCUGAGGAUCAGGACGAUGAUGCUCCUCCUCCUACCCUUUGGUGGGAUGACAUUGACCUGAAGGACUCAGUUUCUGGUGGCAAGCAUGAAGAAGACUUGAAGAAUCCUGUGUGUGACAUCAGUCAUGAAGACCCGAAGAAGUCAAUUGCUGGUGGCAAUAACGAAGACCUGAAGGCCCUAGAUUCUGACAGCAGUAAUGAAAGAGAUAUAAGGGCGCCUACCAACGACUCGUCUGCUGAGGAAGACUCUGACGAAGAUACUGAUGACCCAUCAAUCCAGUCUCCGCAGGCUGUCACUGAGACGAUGACAUUCUACGAAGGGGGUGAAGCAAGCAACGGUGAGGCUCCAGCUGUUCUAGAUGCCUCUGCAGUUGACACUACAUCAACCCCUGACACACCUCUCAAUGAUACAAGUGAUGCCCAAUAGUCAUUGACUUGUUAACUAAGACGCCUUACACAACUCAUUGAAAUUGAUUGGCAGAUUUUUAUUUUUCAAACACUGAACAAAACGUCCAUAGAAUUUGUUUCUGAUUUAUAAUGUGUUAAUUGGGAUUACUAAGGAAAGACUCUGUAAAAGUUUGUUAUGAAGAGUAGAAUAUGAGGAUGUGUAAAUUGAGUGUAGUCAGAUCUGAAAAGCUGGAAAUACUGUAACAAUUUGUUCAUUGAACAAAAUAAAACAAUGUGUGGGGUUAUGAAUUUGUGAUAUUAAAUAUAUAUUAUAUUUUGGGAAGUUGUUGCGUAAGUAAAAAGCACGUUUUUGACAUUUUAAUAGUAAACUUCUAUGAAAUAUUUAGAAGGUGGUUCAAAGCUGUAAGUAGUUUUGAAUGUGAAACCUUAAAGCCAAAUUUAUUAAUGUAAUAUUGUUGGUUUUCUUUAUAGUUAUAAAUUAAAAUUAAUUGCUGUAAUUACCUAAGUGGGUUGCUUCAAAAUAAGCUUUAGUUCAGAAAAGAUAAUGUAUCAUUUAUUAUUUGCAUUUAUUGUAGAUGCCAUUUAGACCAUAUGCUGCUAAUUUGGAUUGCAAGUCUUUUUGUUUUUCUCUAUUGACUCUAUAAACAUUGUUUUCACCGUCCUCAUUAUCUAAGGAUGAUGAUGAUGAUGAUAUGUUCCAUAUGUUAUUGCUUUGGUAUGGUGGUAUUCCUGGAUAAUAACCAUAUAUACCAUAAACAUCAUUACUACAUUGAUAUGGCAGUGUUUGUGGAUAAUACCUUUAAUAUACACUUUGGUCUUAUUGGAUAAUAUCCUGAGGUACUAUUCAUCUUUAAUAUACACACAUAGUAUAGUAUAGUAGUAUUUUUUGCAUACUGUUCUUAUGUACUAGACAUACACGACACUUUGGAAUUAACUUGUAGCAAACAAACACGCAACAUUUGCUUUACAGGUGCAGUUAUUGUUUUUGAUUUGAAUGGUUUAUUAUUUACUUUUGUUGUUGUAGGCUAGAGAGAGAGAGAGUGAAUUGUUCUUCCAGGUUUUAAAGCAUUGUCUGGUACACUACAGGUGGUAAUACUUAUGGGAACUUGAAAUGAAUGGCUCUCGAGUCAUUGGGGGACAGUGCAGGCAAUGAGUCAAAAUAACGUGGCUAAAGUAUGUUGACCAGACCACACACUAGAAGGUGAAGGGACGACGACGUUUCGGUCUGUCCUGGACCAUUCUCAAGUCGAUUGUGAGAAUGACUCGCAAUUGACUUGAGAAUGUCGUCAACGUCAUCGUCCCUUCACCUUCUAGUGUGUGGUCUGGUCAAUAUUGGGGGACAGUUUUGAAAGAUGGCAGGUGCAUAUAAUUAAAUUUUGUAACGUGUUGAUAUUAUAUGAAUGGUAAUCUACUUUAUUUUUUCUCUUUAAUAUAAUCGAGAGGUGUUUGGUAUAUUGAGAAAUGGUAGAAGAAUUGAACUCAUCACUUUCAAAACUAAUGUUUUUCCAUAUGAAAGAUUGUAUUGGCAUUUAUAUAACAAAUAUUAUGUGAAUCUAAUAUUUGUAAACAAAUUGUAAAUAUUUUCAUCAUUGUUUUACAAUUUUCCUUUAAAAUAGAGCUUUAUUUACUGCAUUUUUCACGUUUUGUUGUUGAAAAUCUCAAAUGUGAUAUUAUUUAAUAGCAGAAUUUGCUCUUGCAGUAGUUCUAUUUUCUAGCUUGGCCCACUAUUAAAACUAGAGCAGUAUACUGGGUAGCUUUGAACACCAACGAGUGUAUCGGGUAUGUGAAAUUAAUCUGUUAUUUUUAUUAUAUCUUUAGAUCUGUACAAACCUAACAGUGAUUAUGAAGUCUAUAAAAAGAGACUUUUAAGUGUGUGUGUAUAUCUUGUAACACUGUUCUUAAGUGUCUUGCAUAUAUUAUAUGUAUAAUAUAAAAGUUGUGCUUUAUAGGCAGAACCGUCCUACAUGAGGCACGCCACGUCCCAUUACACAAUUUAUUUGAGCGUAACUUUUAGAAACAUAACAAUACUGAUAUAUUUGAAUGGGUUAUUAUUUACUAUGGCUUGAAUUUUACUUCAGUUAGGCAUUUUUUCUCCCAUCCCAUACUUUUAAAAAGGAGAGCAGUACGGAAGAAUAAUUAGUUUAUUUAGAUUGUGAAGUUGUUGCUAAGUUAGAUUUGGUUGAAAAGUUACAAAAUGCAUGAAAGUGUUGAAUGAAUGUAUCAAUACAUAAGAACAAGUGACAGAAAAAGUUAGAUAAUAAGAGAAAUUUUCUUCUUCAGUAUCUGUCUAAAAAGCAUAACACAUACACUAACUAUAUAUAUAUAUAUAUAUAUAUAUAUAUAUAUAUAUAUAUAUAUAUAUAUAUAUAUAUAUAAUAUAUAUAUAUAUAUAUAUAUAAAAAUAAAAGGAGAGAGAGAGAGGCUGCAAGAAUGCACAAACCAUAGAUAACUGGUGAGGUAGUGACUACUGUGACCACCUCACCAAUUAUAGUCUAAAUGAUAGACUAUUAUUGGUGAGGUGGUCACAGUACCAUGUACAUUUAGGGAGUGAUUCUGAGCAGCAUGGGUUCGAGUCCCAUGAGAAUGGCCCAGUAUGGGUAGGGUCAUCAUAACAUUCAUUCAUGUACACACAGACGACUGCAUGCUUUCCGACACUGCUUAUGCGGAUAUGCUAGUUAUUCGUUUAGGGAAUGUCUGAAUGAAACUAACGAUUAAGUGGUGAGACAGGUGACGAGGCAUCACGGCGUCUGUUUUGGUUUGUGGUGCAGUACUGGAGUGUUCAUUCCCAUAAUUUUCUUUGAUACAUUGGCAUAAUUUACGAACAUCAGCAAACCGUGUCUGCUACAAAUGCAGGUAAGUUGUCUGUGAUAGCUACUUCGAGCAGGAAGCGUAGUGAAAACAUUUGGUGAUCUUUCAGAAGAACGAAGGUGAAGAAUGGAGUCCUGAGCUGAGAAUUGUUUUCACAGAGUACCAAAUGUGCAAAACUACCCUUUCAGACAAUAUCCAGGCUAGACAUGCUGCCAGACUAGACAGACAUGCUUGCAGCCAGGAUUGACUGGACAGAUUUUCUGGCUAGAUUGACUGUUAAGCAUGACAAGUCAUCAGACUAGACUGGCUAUCAGGAUGGGGAGGCUGCACAGACUGGACAGACAGGAUGGAGAGGCUGCACAGACUGCCAGACUGGACAGACAGGAUGGAGAGGCUGCACAGACUGCCAGACUGGACAGACAGGAUGGAGAGACUGCCAGACUGGACAGAAGGCAACCAAAUCCAGUUCAGGAGGUGAGUGGAUGAUCACAUGUCUUCUUGUUUAUUACCCCUUCCCCAACUCAGGUUGUACAAGUGUUAAUGCCUGCUGUAGGAUGAUAUAGCAUUGUAUGCCUUAAAUUGUCAAGCCCCAUUUUAUUUUCUUACAAAUAACCAAAUAAAAAUAUGUACUAUUUACAAUUCAUCACGUUAUUAAGCACAUUUCUCAUCACUUCUGUCCCUUCCACCCAUAACCAACCCUCUCUGACCCCUCCUGAGCUAGGGUUCACGUGAUCCUGUUCACUGGGGACAUAUGAGACCUGCCACCCUUGACAAAAUUGUCAUCCUCCCACACCACACCCAACACCUUGGCACCACAUGCCUUCACCCACACCCGUACAUGCUGCUACCCACACAUGCAGCUACCCACAUGGCAAUACUAACACCCAUACACCAAGACCCCCAGAUAUCAACCAAGUAUCAAGUAUCACACUGACACAUCUGCCUACUCUUACCACCCAGUCCCAACACUUGGGGUCAACCACUUUGGCUGAAUGGAAGAGUGACGGUCUCACUUCAUGCAGGUCGGUGUUCAAUCUCCAACCGUCAAAGUGGUUGGACACCAUUCUUUGCCCCCGUUCCAUCCCAAAUCUUCAUCCUAAUCCCUUCCAAGUGCUAUAUAGUCAUAAUAGCUUGGUGUUUUAUCCUGACAAUUCCCUUCCCUUCCCAACCCUUGCACCAGGGUUGGGAAGGGAAGGGAAGGCACCAGACACCUACUUCCAACAUCCUCUCCUGACACCCACACAGAGACUGCCAAUACCCACACACCCAAUCUCAACUUAUACACUUCCACACCCAGAACUUCUCAUAUUCAUGAGUACACCAUAAAAUAAUGGUGAAUUUUCCCUACCAAAUUGUUUUAGAUUUUCUGGAUAACUAACCAGAUUAUCAAACACAAGAAGUUAUGAUCCCAAGGUGUUUGGAAAGCAUGUGGUUGUCUCUCAUAUAAAUAAAUAAAUAAAUAAAUAUAUAAAUCACACUCACAUGUGUAUACAAUACAUUUCAGUCAUAUCCACAUAGAAGUCUUAGUUAAUAAUCAUAAAAUUACUUGUGUAAAAUAUAUUGGUCAUGAAGAGCACUUAUACUUUUUUAUUGUGAUUAGUAUUCAUGUUUGUGAAGACGAUAGAUAUUAUUAGCUGAGCACAGUGCCAGUUCACAAAAUGUGCUUCAGUAUCUUGAGACAUUUAUGUUCAACUAUUUUAAUAAAUACUUAUUCUAUUGGACUCACUAUCUUGUAAGUGCAAGGAAUAGCUUAUUAUAGUUUGGUAAAUGGAUUUGGAUAUAUUCCAUGUAGUCAUGUAUAUUUUGUUUCUACUUGUGGACUUGUACUAUCUUUGUCAGUUCUGCUCCAAUCAACAUUACAUCUGAAAUUCUAAGGAAUGUAAACAAAAUAUAUGUAUAUAUUUUUUGGGCCUACAAUUGAAUAUUGUUGUUGAGGAUAAUUGAGGUUAUAUUAUCCUUCUGGACAGUCACUUAUUUAUAAUUGAACACUAUGCAAGAACAAGAAUUAUUAAGAAACAUUGUUGCCAUGAAGACAACUGUAUAAAGCCACAAUCGUGUAUAUCUUGAGUCACCAGCGUGUGGCAUAUGUACAUUUUCAUCUCUUAUUAUUCAGUCAUUGUGCCCUUCAUGUAGGAAUAUAAAUAUAUAUAUAUAUAUAUAUAUAUAUAUAUAUAUAUAUAUAUAUACAUAUAUAUAUAUAUAUAUAUAUAUAUAUAUAUAUAUAUAUAUAUAUAUAUAUAUAUAUAUAUAUAUAUAUAUAUAUAAAUAAGUAAAUCAAUAAAAAUCCCAUGAGACAAGCCCAUGACGUCGCCCUAUGUUGUGAAUCACAGUAAGUGCCCUCCAGUGUUUGUGCCUUGUGUGAAGUGGUAGUAAACAUGUACCGUCUCUUGAUGAACGUUGUUGCAUAAUCUGUCAGGAUGUUAUGUGCUAAAUCUUCACUGUUAUGUCAUCCACCAAUAUAUUGCAUCAUUCAGAUAUUCAGGAGAUACUGCAUGUGAGUGCACAGCAGUUAAGAGGUUUCGUUGAUCAUGAGGUUUUGUGAAAUUUUAAACAGGAUUUACUAAGACAUUAUUUCUCAAGUGAUACACCUAGUGCCUUAAAAAAAACUACUUAUGUAUAUUAAAAUUAAAUUACAAAUAGACUUGGUGGUUGACCUUAGCAGUACAAGGAACAAUAUUCAGGAUGCCCUUUAUUCCAUCCAAUAUUUUCUUGGUCUCAUUUUACAACUGCUAUUACAAUUUCAUGGCAUCAUUAUUUGGUUGUCCAAAUGUCACUAACCAGUAAAACAGUGGUCAUGCCUCGUCCUGUUAAUGCUUCACAAAAGAAGCUCUGCAUUAUACUGAAGAUACUUCUCUCAUAAAGAUGGUAAAUAGGUAAAAUCCUGACUAAAAUACACUUCAAUAAUUAGCUUAAUUGGUUUAAUACAGGCAUUUUCAAAGACUACUUGAAUAUGAUAACUUGGUUGGUUUACUUAAUUGAAUUAUUCAAGUUCAGUAUAUUGAUACAGCUGAGAAUGUAUAAAAUAUAAUAUGAUAGUUAAAAUUGUCUUCCAGGUUGGUCUGGUGUUAUAUUUCAUAAGUCAUUUGAUAAUAAAUGCUUAACUAUUA